AUGUGGCUGGCUACAUUUAGAGACCAUCUGUUGCCUGCACACCUGCCACAUCAGCAAGGGACUGUCACCAUCACCCACUGUGCUCUUCUUUGGUGGAUAUUAUGUUCCUGCUGGUCAUUCACCAAGGCAACGAGCCAGAAAUUCUACCCGACAGUGACCACCCAGUUUGGGAAGCUGCGGGGCCUCCGGGUGCCCGUGCCCAGUGAGGUGCUCAGGCCUGUCGACCAGUAUCUGGGGGUUCCCUAUGCUUCUCCACCAGUGGGUGAGAAGCGUUUCAUGCCCCCAGAGCAGCCCUCCUCUUGGUCAGGUGUCAAGAAUGCUACCCACUUCAUGCCUGUGUGCCCUCAGAACAUCCACAACACCGUGCCAGAGAUCAUGAUGCCUAUAUGGUUCACCUAUAACCUGGACACAGUAGCCACAUACAUUCAGGAUCAGAGCGAGGACUGUUUAUAUCUAAACAUCUACGCUCCGACAGAGGAUGGGAGCCAACACAAGAAAAAGGGGGCGGCUUUCUCACAUGCUGAGACUCAUAUAUCUGAAGAUAUAAGGGACUCUGAGGCUCGCCCUGUGAUGGUCUACAUCCAUGGAGGCUCCUAUAUGGAAGGCACUGGGAACAUGAUGGAUGGUAGCGUGCUGGCCAGUUAUGGGAACGUUGUCGUUGUCACGCUUAACUACAGAAUUGGAAUAUUAGGCUUCCUCAGUACCGGUGACCAGGCGGCAAAAGGAAACUAUGGACUACUGGACCAGAUUCAAGCUCUCCGUUGGAUCAGUAAGAACAUAGGUUACUUUGGAGGAGACCCGGGUCGCAUCACAGUGUUUGGAUCUGGAAUCGGUGCCUCGUGUGUCAGUCUGCUAACACUGUCCCACCACUCAGAGGGUUUGUUCCACAGAGCCAUCAUCCAAAGUGGUUCGGCAUUGUCUAGCUGGGCUGUCAACUACCAGCCAGUCAAAUACACUCGCCUGCUGGCCGAAAGAGUUGGCUGCAAUGUGCUGGACACAGUGGAUAUGGUCUCCUGCCUGCAGAAGAAGAGUGCAAAGGAGCUGGUGGAACAAGACAUCCAGCCCGCCCGAUACCGCGUAGCUUUCGGCCCCGUCAUUGAUGGAGACGUCAUUCCAGAUGACCCGGAGAUCCUAAUGGAGCAGGGCGAGUUCCUUAACUACGACAUAAUGCUUGGUGUUAAUCAGGGUGAGGGACUGCGCUUCGUGGAGAACGUGAUGGACCUGGAGGACGGCGUGUCCGGCAGCGACUUUGACUUUGCUGUGUCAGACUUUGUGGACAGUUUGUACGGCUACCCAGAAGGAAAGGACACCCUGAGGGAGACAAUUAAAUUCAUGUACACAGACUGGGCUGACAAGGACAACCCGGAGACCAGGAGGAAGACCCUGGUGGCUCUGUUCACCGACCACCAGUGGGUGGAGCCUUCAGUGGUGACCGCUGACCUACACGCCCGCUACGGCUCGCCUACAUACUUCUACGCCUUCUACCACCACUGCCAGAGCCUCAUGAAGCCUGUGUGGUCCGACUCUGCGCACGGAGAUGAGGUGCCUUACGUGUUUGGCAUUCCCAUGGUUGGCCCAACAGACCUGUUCCCCUGCAACUUCUCCAGGAAUGACAUCAUGCUCAGUGCUGUGGUUAUGACGUAUUGGACAAACUUUGCAAAGAGUGGGGAUCCUAACAAGCCAGUGCCACAGGACACCAAGUUCAUCCAUACCAAGGCAAACCGCUUUGAGGAAGUGGCCUGGUCUAAGUACGACCCCUAUGACCAGCUUUACUUACACAUUGGCCUGAAGCCUCGUAUCCGUGAUCACUAUCGCGCCACUAAGGUGGCCUUCUGGAAACACCUGGUGCCCCAUCUCUACAACCUCCACGACAUGUUUCAUUACUCAUCCACUACCACCAAGGUCACCCCGCUGGAUCCCACCCAGUCCAACAAUAAGAGGCCCGGCAGCACUGGCCGGUCUCCUGUGUCCACCGCCCACAAUGAUGAUGAAGGUGGGAGAGAGAUGGGUCCUCUAAUCAUGCCGAACCCGAGAGAUUACUCCACAGAGCUCAGUGUCACCAUUGCUGUAGGGGCUUCACUGCUUUUCCUCAACGUCCUGGCCUUCGCCGCUCUGUACUACCGCAAAGACAAGCGUAGUCGUCAAGACACAUCCCAGCAGCCCAGUCCCCAGCGUGACAGCAAAGGUAACAACGUGAGCCACACCACCACCGUAGACGAGACCCUGUCAUCCCAGCAAAGGAACCAGUGCGAGGCCCUCCACAACCCUCACCACGUCUCUCCCAGCUUGGACUACUCGCUCAGCCAGCGUCGUUCCCCUGACGACAUCCCUCUGAUGACCCCCAAUAACAUCACCAUGAUCCCCAACUCUCUGAUGGGCCUCUCCAACAUGAGUCCAUAUAGCACCUUCCCUGCUGGUUACAGCUCUGCAGGCCUGCCCAGCACCCACUCUACCACACGGGUAUAG